AAUAAUACGGCAAGUUACCUCCACAUUUAUAAUAUGUACCAUCUGCGUGAACUUUUCUCUGAUGUUCGCCUGGCCUUCAACUACACUGAAGCUCUUUGCAUCGACAAACACGACUUUGAAUCGUCCAAUGACCGAAACUGAGCUAGCUCUCUUUGGAAGUUUGUCUUCAGUUACUGCCCUUAUUGGCACACCAGUUUCGGGAUUCCUUAUGGAUUAUCUGGGAAGAAAAUAUAGCACUAUAAUUUUUAGUUUACCUCAAGUUUUUGCCUGGACCCUCAUAAUCAUAAACAGGAACGUAGAGACAAUACUAGCCGCGAUGUGUAUAUCUGGUUUAGGCGGAUGUCUCUUCAAUUUGACACCGGUGUACAUAUCAGAAAUAUGUCACGAGAACAUACGAGGAACUAUGACAGCAUGUUCCAUUAUCUUCUACGGUAUUGGAAUAUUACUGUCUUAUGUCCUAGGAGCGUAUUUGUCCUUUGAGGCUAUGAACUAUGCCUGCUUGACUCUAAGCGUAGCUGGAAUUUUAUUGCUGACUUUGGUGAAAGAAUCACCCACCUACUUGUUGCAGAAAGGAUUGGAUAAGGAAGCGGCUAGUGCAAUAGCGUUUUAUAGGGGAACGAAACCCGAUUCAAAAGAGGUUUUAGAAGAAAUGGCGAUCAUAAAGAAAACUCUAAAUCCUGAAAUAGAUGACGAGGAGAGCCCAGAAAACGAAAAGCUGAACGACACAGUGAAAUCUCCGGAGAAGCUUGGAUUGAUUCAAUUUAUAAAGAAGUCAAAAUCUACACAAAUGGGAUUAUUCAUCAUCAUUGCUUUGUACACGUUCGCCAUAUUCCAAGGACUGGUAGUAGCUCAGGUGUACGCAGAGCCUUUGUUCCAAGAAGCUAUGCCGACGAUUUCAGCAACCAUCUCGAGUGUGACAUUUGCUGUGAUAAAUACGGUGGUUGGUUUCGUUGCAGCUUACUUGACAGACUUGACUGGUAGACGGCCUUUGAUGAUUUACUCAUCGUUCGUGACCGGUAUAAGCUGCGUUCUUCUGGGCUCUCAAAUCCACUUGCACUGGGGACCACACUGGCUGACUGGAGUGUUUCUGUACGCCUUUUGUAUUUUCUACACUGCUGGAGCAGGAACUGUGCCCUAUGUGAUUGUAGCCGAAUUAUUCUUACCAGAGGUUCGCAGCGUAUUUACGAUGGUUGUGGUGGAAUGGGCGUGGAUCUGCAACUUCAUCAUCCUGUUCAUCUUCAACCCGCUGGUGGAGGCGAUAGGUCUGGGCUGCGUCUUCUACCUCUUCGGCGCUAUAUGCUUCGCCUCUGCUGUAUUCGCUAUUGUCUACGUGCCCGAAACUAAAGGAUUAACAGUUGACGUCAUCCAAACACUCUUAGUUAGGAAGAAACAUUAUUAAGUACCUGAGUUUAAUAACACGACUGAGUAUAUUA